UCCACCUGGCGAGAUGUUUCUUCAGCCAGGUAGUAGAGACUGUGUUAUGUGCAGGACAUGCAGUAAACACGCUAAACAGCAAGAGGCCAUGGCCAGUAUGCUCUCCACUCAAGCCAGAGUCCUCGACGCCCUCCAGAAGAAUGUUCUGGACAUCCAGCGCACCCUGGAGAGCCUCAAGCGAGGACUGGAGGAGAGAGGUUUGGAGACGGUUGAUGAGAAACUACCCCUACCUGUGAGGAUACAACAACGGAGAAAGUCACUGCCAAUGAGGAUGCUGCCGGAUGAAGUGUAUGUGCAGCUUGCUGCCAAAAGACAUGAAGCAGCUGUCCUCAGUGGAGCACUGAGUGAUGCUGACUGCAACAGCACAGACAGAACGGAUCAAAAGGAACCAAAAAUGGCUGCAGUGUCCAUUGCAGAACAGGACAGGGGACAUCACCCAUCUGACCAAAGUGUUGUGUCUAAAGUUGUGUCUGAGAAGAAAGUGCCACCUCCUCUCGUGCCCAAUGCCAAAGAGGACAGAGGACAGCAGCCUCCUGACCUAAGUCUUGUCAAAGUAGUGUCUGAGAAGAAAGUGGCGCCUCCUCUCAUGCCCAAUGCCAAACAGGACCGAGGACAGCAGCCUCCAGACCUAAGUCUUGUCAAAGUUGUGUCUGAGAAGAAAGUGGAGCCUGCCAUUCCCACAGUAGUGCAUCCCAGUGUCACAGUGUUAAAGAAAGCAGUAGUGGAAUCGGAUGGAAGAGCAGUGGUGGCGGUAACCAAAGUGGAGAGUGCGGUGGCAAGCUCUUCACUAGCUGUUGACAAAGCUGGAGCCAAACCGCAGAGCACUACAGCUCCUCCUGGCAGUGUAGAAUCAAAGCCUCCACCAGACACCAUCAGGGCUUCCCCGCAGCAGCAGGAGCCGCCUGUGGGGGCUGGGAAGCAGACUACUGUAGCAGCCAAGACCGAUCUGGGACAGAGGUCAGUUGCACUUCACUGGGAAACCUCACUAAAUGUUCUGCAGCCGUUGACCAAAUCAGCUGAUUCCAAUCAGCACACGUCUCCAGCCAGACAGUUGUCAUCAGCACCAGAGCCUGCUGCUAAAGUCUUCCCCCCGCCAGUGAAGGCAGAGAAAGCCCCAUGCCCUGAGAAAGCUGCUGCCACUUCAGUUAAAGACAACGUCAAGUUGUCAGUUCAGUUUACCAUAAACCCCAUCCAACCCACAAUUUGUGACAAACCAUUCCAAAAACCCUCCCCAAAAGUAUCAGUGCCACCAUCAAGUCUUGCACCCCCCAAGCCAACAGAAGUAGCUGUCCCACCACCGACCACAGAUCACACAUCUAUGAGGCAUGUCCAAAGCUGUCCUGAAGCAUUGCAGAGAUUGCAGAGUUUGCGGCCAAAAGUGGACACUUUGGCCAAUAAGGUGCCAUGGAUGCCAAAGGGCAGCCCUCCUGCCACAGCCGUGGGCACUGCCUUCUCUCCUGCUGUUGGCCAAGCCUCUGCCAGCGGCAUACAGAUCAGAGUGAGCCCAGCUACGGAAGAAAAGACCACCGCCGCAACGUCUCGUGCACCCCCCAAAACUGUACUGAAAGUCAUAGAUGAUAUUCCACCUCAGCCGGCCCCCUUCUCCCAUCGCUUCGUUGCUCUGAAGACCACCCCUCCACAUGAUUACUUUACAGUCCACACCAAAGAGGUUCUGGGCGGUGGACGAUUUGGCAAAGUGCACAGAUGUACAGAAAACUCCACUGGCUUGAGGUUGGCAGCCAAGAUCAUCGUCACACGAACAAUCAAAGAAAAGGAAAUGGCUGGGAAUGAGAUACAGGUUAUGAACCAGCUGAGUCAUGCUAACGUCCUACAGUUGUAUGCAGCGUUUGAACUCAAAAACCAAGUUAUGCUCAUACUGGAAUAUGUGGAAGGUGGGGAGUUGUUUGAGAGGAUUGUGGAUGAGAGUUCGCCACUGACAGAGGUGGAUGCCAUGGUGUUUGUGAGACAGAUCUGUGAGGGUAUUCAGUACAUGCACCAGAUGUAUGUGCUCCACCUUGACCUCAAGCCAGAGAAUAUCCUGUGUGUGAAUCGGACUAGUCACCAAGUGAAGAUCAUUGACUUUGGACUGGCCAGACGGUACAAGCCCCGUGAAAAGCUCCGCGUGUCAUUUGGGACGCCAGAAUUUCUGGCCCCAGAGAUCGUCAACUUUGAUUUUGUCUCUUUUCCUACAGACAUGUGGACACUGGGAGUUAUCACCUACAUGCUGCUCAGUGGCCUAUCCCCGUUCUUGGGUGAUGACGACACGCAGACCCUAAACAACGUGGUCAUGGUCAGCUGGUACUUUGAUGAGGACGCUUUUGAGCAUGUCUCAGAUGAAGCAAGAGACUUCAUAUCCAAUCUACUCAUCAAAGAGAGAAGUGGUCGGUAUAGUGCGGCGCAGUGUCUGAAGCAUUCCUGGCUCAACAACAUCUCAGAGAAGGCCAAAAGCUGCAACAUCGUGCUGAAGUCACAAGUGCUGCUGAAGAAGUAUAUGGCCAGAAGAAUGUGGAAGAAAAACUACAUUGCGAUUGCAGCAGCCAACAGGUUCAAGAAGAUUGGCAGUUCAGGCUCUCUUACAUCCUUGGCCGUUUGACUCCUCCAUGUUCCAUGCCAUGUGAAGAUGUGUCUUUGAGUGGACACAUACAUAGCCCUACAUUGAAAGCCUCAGUUAUUCAUUUUUUUUUGGGAGGGGGCUGUUUUUCCCUCUUGGCCGUGUGUGUGUGUGUGUGUGUGUGUGUGUGUGUGUGUGUGUGUGUGUGUGUGUGUGUGUGUGUGUGUGUGUGUGCGCGCGCGCGCGCGUGUGCCGUGCCGCUGCGCCCUUGCGCCUACAGUAUGUCAAUGAUGUUGGAUUACAAUGUGUUUUCUAACCUACAAUAAGUAUGUCUGUUAUAGUUAAUUAUACAUUUCUACCUUUAAUAGGGUAAACUGUGAUGACCAUCCUUUUGCUUUAACAUUUCGUGUGUGGUUUUCCCCUGUUUUGAUUGUGGCCUGUGUGGUUUUGAUGGUUUGGUUUUUAGCAAGUGUGUAGCCUUGACAUGUCUUUGCUUUCAUGUUUGUGUUGCUAUUUUAACAUCUCUUAUGGACUUUUGCAUGAAUAAUCUGGGCAUUGCAAGUUGUUAACUUUCAAGCCAAAAUGAAAUGAAAUAUUGAGCUUUUCUUUAAUAAAGGUCAAUCAUAUUA